AUGGGUUUUCAAAGAUUAGAGGAGUUGGACCUUAGUAGGAAUUGUUUCAAUAAUAGCAUCUUAUCAUCAUUAGCUGCUCUUCCAUCACUCAACACUUUGAUUCUCAGUUACAAUGUCAUGGAAGGUUCAUUUCCUAAUCAAGGGUUUCAAAGAUUAGAGGAGUUGGACCUUAGUUGGAAUAUUUUCAAUAAUAGCAUCUUAUCAUCAUUGGCUGCUCUUCCAUCACUCAACACUUUAAUUCUUAGAGACAAUGACAUGAAAGGUUCAUUUCCUAAUCAAGGCUUUCAAAGAUUAGAGGAGUUGGACAUUAGUGGAAAUAGUUUCAAUAAUAACAUUUUAUCAUCAUUGGCUGCUCUUCCAUCACUCAAUACUUUGAUUCUCAGUUACAAUCUCAUGGAAGGUUCAUUUCCUAAUCAAGGUUUUGAAAGAUUGGAGAAAUUAGACAUUAGUAGGAAUGGAUUCAAUAAAAGCAUAUUAUCAUCAUUGGGAGCUCUUACAUCACUCAACACUUUAAUUUUUAGUGGCAUGUUUUAUUCAAUGGAUGGUUCAUUCCCUAUCCAAGAAUUAAAGAAUUUGAAGAAUUUAACAUCCUUGGAUAUAAGUAAUAACCGUUUCAACGGCAUCCUAUCAUUUAAAGGAUUAUGCGGACUGAAAAGUUUGGUCGAGUUGCAUCUCCAAGGAAAUCAUUUUUCUGGCCCUCUUCCAGAAUGUAUUGGCAACUUGACCAACCUCCAAUUUCUUGAUCUGUCAUUCAAUCAGUUGAGUGGAAACAUUCAAUCUAUUGUUUCUGAACUCACAUCCCUCAAGUAUUUGCUUCUUCAUGGCAAUGAGUUUGAAGGCUCAUUCUCAUUUAGCGCUUUGGCCAACCACUCAAAACUUGAAGCAUUUAUACUCUCUCCUGGAAAUAGCAGGCUAGAAGUGGAAACAGAAAAUCCAACAUGGUUUCCUGCAUUUCAACUCAAGUACAUUCAAUUAUCAAAUUGCAGCUUAAACGUGAGAACUAGAGCUAUUCCUAGCUUUCUUCAUUACCAGUAUGACAUACGCUUUAUUGAUCUUUCUCAUAAUACGUUGGUUGGAACGUUCCCCACUUGGAUCUUACAAAAUAAUUCCAAGUUAGUAGUUAUGAAUUUGAGAAACAACUCAUUCACAGGAACAUUUCAGCUGCCCAAUUUCAAGCAUGAUCUCGUUGAGUUAGAUAUUUCGAGCAAUAAUCUCACUGGUAUGCUGCCGAAGGAGUUUGGAGAGGUCCUCCCAAGACUGGAAUAUAUAAACAUGUCGAGGAAUAAUUUCGGUGGUAAUGUUCCUUCUUCAAUCAGUGAGACGACAUCACUAUCUAUUUUGGAUUUAUCCCAUAAUAAUUUCUCGGGAGAAUUGCCAAGAAGUCUGUUCGCAAAUUGUACCAUGAAUUGUGCACUGAUUCUAUCAAACAACAAUUUUCAAGGGAACGUUUUUCCUCAGGGUAUGAACUUGAGAAGCAUGACGGUGUUGGAUAUGAAAAACAACAACUUCAGUGCGAUGGUAGGUGCAGACUUGUUGAAUAGCCGCAGCCUAUCAAGCCUCAAAUUUUUUGACAUAUCCAAUAACAAGGUAUCCGGUCCAAUUCCCAGACUUCUAUGUAAUCUGACCGAUCUUGUCUUUUUAGAUCUCUCAAAAAAUAGGUUGUAUGGGUCUAUGCCUUCCUGCUUCAAUUCUUCAUCAUUGCUCUUUCUGUUUUUACAAAAGAACAAUCUAAGUGGACCCAUACCCCAUGAGCUUCUUAGAAGUCCUAAUUUAGUGGCACUUGAUCUGAGGGAUAACAAUUUUUCUGGAAAUAUUCCAUCUUGGAUAGGUCAGUUCUGUGAAUUGCAAGUGCUUUCAUUGGGAGGGAAUGCAUUACACGGCCGUAUUCCUAAUCAGUUGUGUGAAUUAAGAAAUGCGAAUAUAAUGGAUCUUUCACGCAACUUACUUUUUGGUUCCGUACCUGCAUGCUUUAGUAACAUUUCUUUUGGCAAUAACAUACCAUUUGGGAUGAUGGAAGUAUUUGAUAUUCCAUAUUUUGUGGGUUUCCUUUUGAGUAAUCCCGAUGAAAUCGCUUAUCUCAAUUUGCCAUGGGUAGAUUGGUAUUCUUCAGAAAUUGUGGAAGUGGAAUUUGCAACGAAAUAUAGAUACAACUCCUACAAGGGUGAUAUUAUCAACUCAAUGGCAGGAAUAGAUCUAUCAUGCAAUGAGUUAAGUGGCAGCAUUCCUCAAGAAAUUGGAGACCUGCAUGAAAUUCGAUCAUUGAAUUUGUCUCACAAUCAUAUAAUAGGAUCUAUACCAGUCAGUUUUUCAAAUCUAAGGAGUUUAGAGAGCUUAGAUCUUGGCAACAAUAAUUUGAGUGGUGAAAUCCCGAGUGAACUAGUUGCGCUGACCUUUUUGGAAACUUUCAAUGUUUCAUACAACAAUUUGUCAGGUAGAGUUCCUAAUGGAGCCCAAUUUGGAACUUUCGAUGAAAACAAUUACAGAGGUAAUCCUGGUCUCUGUGGAGAACGCAUUCAUAAGAGCUGCAAAAGUGAUGAAGCUCCACAAACACCGCCACCAUCUGCUGAUGUAGAAGAGGAAGAUGAAGGGAGUAUUGAUAUGGUGUGGUUCUAUUGGAGUUUUAGUGGAGCCUAUGUCACAAUCCUAUUGGUGUUGGCAGUAAUCCUCCGCAUCAACAGAAUUCUGGUUUCUAAGGAUGUUGGUCUAGUGGAAAUGGAAGAACCUUAG